AUGGCCCAGACUGUGACAAAAACUGCUCAGCAUGCUUUCAGACAAGGCUAUCUCGUCAAUGAUGGAAUUCUUGAGUCUAGCAUGAUUGGGAAGCUCAAACAGUCCUACCCAUCUGAGCCGAUCGAACACCUGAGAGCCCGCUAUGAGAAGGAUGGCUAUCUCUUCAUGAAAGGACUCCUCCCCCGCUCUGAUGUUCUUGGUUGCCGGGAAGCGUACUUCCGUUUCCUCAGCCCAAGUGGUGUUCUACAACCAAAUUCAGCUGCCGUUGAUGGUAUCUUCGAUCCUAAUAAUAAGGGUGUCAACUAUCCCAGUAUUGGCGCUAGCCCUUUUGGUAAAGAUCAGAUCAACCCAGGUUCAUUCGCGAGCCUUGCAGAGAAAGCCCAUACAGAGGACUUUUACCUCGAUUUUUCGAGACAUCCAGCCUUGAGAGACUUCGUUUCCGGACUGAAAGGCUGGGGCGAUAAUACCAAAUUACUCCCAAGAUCAUUGUUGAGGAACAACACGCCACAUAACAAUGCCAUUGGGGUGCAUUAUGAUCAGUCGUUCUUGCGAUAUGGAGAACCUACUUCAGUGACAGCUUGGGUACCGAUCGGGGAUAUCAGCCGUCAAGGCGGUGGGUUGAUAUAUCUUGAAGGCAGCGACACUCUAGGUCGAACAUUAGAAGAUGCCUUCAACAAAAAGGCAAGGGAAGGCGGUAUGAGUGAAGAGGAGCGCAUCGACGCAUUCAACAAGAACAUGAUGUCUAAUGGUUUCUUGGAACUCGGCCCCAUCAAGUUUCUACAAGACAACGGAGGUGGAAGAUGGCUUUUGACAGAGUAUGAAGCCGGCGAUGUUGUUUUUCACAAACCACAUAUGAUUCACGCUUCAACUAUCAACAAGGAUCCUGAGAAUCGUAUUCGGCUUGGGACGGAUUUGAGGUUUGUCGAUUCUUCAAGACCCCACGAUACGAGAUGGUCAGCACCUUUUCGGCUUGACGAUGGGCUGUGA